UUUCCGGAAAAGCAGAUGAUUUUCCGGAAAAACUUGCCCGUCUAGACACAGCCCAGGUGUAUAUGGGAAGGAAUUAGGAAGAUCUCCCUAGGGCAGACCCUAAGUGGUCCCCAACGUGGUGCCCGCGGGUGCCAGGGCACCCACCGUGGCAUUUAUGUGCUCCCGCCGAGUGACCAGGGCUGGCCCAAGCCAUUCUUGCGCCCUGGACUCUGGGUGCGCGGUGCAUACGCAGCCCCGGCCGCACAGCGCAUUUGCGGCACCAUCCUCGGGUGCCCGGCAGCCCCAAAAGGUUGGGGACCACUGCCCUAGGGGAUUCCUAGAGCAGGCAUAGGAGGAUGCUGGGGAGAGCCCCUCCUAUCUGUCAGGAGGAAGAAGGGGGUGCCUCCCGCCCCUCCACCCGCCAACCCUUGUGUGUUUUAUGUUCAUAUCAGCCAGGUGUCUUCCUGUUCUGAAAUCAGAGAACAGACUGAAAUUUAAAUACAACAUACAUUAUUUUUAUAGCACCCUUAAGGGUUCAGCUGUAAUCAGGAAUGCUUGAUGGUGGAUACAUAAAAAAUUUUAAGUUCAUCUCAUGAGUUUUUGUUUUUCUUGUUAUUCCUGUUUGGGGGUUGUUGAUAGGAAAUACAUGACGGCACUUUAAUCAGUUGUGAUAUUGACUCCUGUAAUGGCCAUGAGCAGGAUCCCUAAACCUGCCAUCAUUUCUGGAUGGAACGAGAGGAAGAGCUGUGUGCUCCCGUUCACCAGGACUCUGAGGAAAGAGAAAUUCUUCUUGAGGCCUCCACAGAUUUCUUUUCUGCCAAACACUCAUGUCAGGCUUCUGUUUAUUCAAGGAGACAGUGAAAGUGUGAAUGAACAUGAGGAGAAGAAUCCCCAAGAAGAUGGUCUUGAUAAUGUAGAACAGUAUGGGACGAUACCAGAGGGGUUUGAAGAGAAUGUUUUCCAGAGCCCUGAUGAGGAAGAGCCCUAUGAGAGGCAGUACAUGACAGAAACGCAGCAGGGAGACCUUCCUGGUAAGAUAAUGGGUAACUCCAUUAAUCCAGAAAGAGAUUUGGAGGCUCUCCAAGGUAUCAUCCAGCAGAGAAUUCCUGUAGGGGAGAGACCCUAUGGAUAUACUGAAUGUGGGGAGGGCUUCAGUCAAAACUCAAACCUUGCACAGCAUGAGAUAACACAGACAGGAGAGAAACCUCAUAAAUGUACUGAAUGUAACAAAAGUUUCAGUUGGCGCUCAGACUUAAUUAAACAUCAGAGAACCCACACAGGCGAGAAACCCUAUAUAUGUAGUGAAUGUGGGGAAAAUUUCAGUGUGAGCUCUCACCUUUUCACACACAAGAGAAUCCACACAGGAGAGCGACCCUUCCAUUGUAACGAAUGUGGAAAAAGCUUCAGCCGGAACUCUCACCUUAUUAACCACCAUAGAACCCACACUGGAGAAAAGCCCUUUGAAUGUGCUCAGUGUGGGAAGAGCUUCAGUGACUUCUCAACACUUAUCCAGCACCAGAGAACCCACACGGGUGAGAAACCCUAUGUAUGUGUCGAAUGCGGGAAAAGCUUCAUCCAGAGCUCACACCUUGUUAGGCACCGGAGAAUCCACACGGGAGAGAAGCCGUAUAAAUGUGCGGAGUGUGGGAAAAGUUUUCGAUACAAGAGUCACCUCGCCCAGCACCAUAAACUCCACAUGGAAUAGAAAGCGCAGCCAUGUGAGCCCCUGUUCUGCCCACAGAAACCAAUGCGUAAACUUUUAUACAGUCUGAUGACAUCAAGAAGGAAGCACAAGGAGAGGAGGCUUGUGCCUCCAUUCUUAGAGCAAA